AUGGACAAGUUUUCGUACCCCGAGUAUUACAACUUCCCACCCUUUUUCACACUGCAGCCCGUGCGUGCUACUCGAGAGAAGCAACUUGUUCUAUGGCAACAACUUGUGCUUGAAUAUCAUCGUGCAUGUGAUGUCCCAAUCUUUCAGCCUUUAGCCUCACCACUUUUUGAGAAUGUGAAAAUCUCACGUAACAUGGCGCAAGACGGACGAUUGGCGGUAGUGGAACAUUUGAUUCGUUGUGGUCAUGGACGAUGGGAAGACGAUACAAGGACACGUUGUCGUCUGAUGUGGAAGAAACCAGUGGAAUGGGCAGCUGAUCUCUAUGACUUUGCCAAAGAGCAUGGUAUGCUUGGCAACGUAUUUACGGUCUACGAACUAUAUGCAGGGGAGGAGACGUUGGGCACGAGUAUUCACGGAAUGGAGCCGUGGCUACUGCGUGAGGCACUUAACGUGCUAGAAGGGCAAGGAAAAGCGGCAUUGAUUGCUGGUGAUACAUGCGAGGAAGACGGUGUCAAGUUUCUUGCUACGGAAUAA